AUGAAGCCAAUAGAAUUCAUGAUUCACUUUCUACACAGAGACUUCUACAACACAGAGAUCAAGCCAUGGAGCCUACAAUCACUUCAGCAAUGAUAUACUCUAAGGACCACCUGAAUCUGACCAAUAAAAUUAGAAAGCCAGUGGUGGAGAAGUUACACAGAGAUCAUAUCAACAGCAGCAUUGAGCAGCUCAAGUCUCUCCUGAGUCCAGAGAUCUUCAACCAGCAGCCUGACUCCAAGCUGGAAAAAUCAGACAUCCUGAAAAGGAGAGUUUGCUUCCUGAGAGGACAGAAACAACAGCAACAGUACCAGCCAGUGAGCUCCUCAUCCUGCUCAGCACGAGCCAAUUAGGGUUACUCCUUCUCUGUGUCCCAGAGAAGACUGCUGAGUCACUUCCAGAUACUAAGAACAGAAGUGAGAGUGACCUGCCUCAGAUGAGCUCCCCAGCCCAGACAAACACAAUGGACCAUGUUGGUCUUAGAUCAAUGUCAUGGAGAGUAAUGCGAAUAGGAAAAUAUCUUCUUCUUCAUCUUCUGCUUAUGUAGAUUUUUUAAAGUAUAGCUGUGAUUGAGACAUUUAAAUUCAGUUAAACUGAACAAGUUGAAAUGUUUUUCGAAAGAAAUGAUCCAAUUGAUGAGCACUACAUUUUUGGAGUAUUUUUUAAACGUGUUGAUUACAGUGAUCAACAAUAACUUGAAUGGCCCUCCAUGAGGACUUUUAUCCCAAAAUGGGUGUUAUAUCACUAAUCUGUUUGUGAAUGUUUAUGCCUUAAAUUUUUUAAGGGGGACGUAUAAGAGAAAAAAAACAUAUUUGCUUUGUUACCAAUACAUUUGUUUAGUGAUAUGGUUAUAUUGAUGUUAUAUUGCACAUCUUCUGUAAAAAAAAAACAUGUAUACUAGUCCUGUAUUACUGGACCGAUAAAGUUGUCUGUCGCGCGGGAAAAAUAAAUAAAUCAGCGCCCACCCCUCAAACAGCUAUCUGUAUCAGUUAUUUAUUUGAUAUUGAUCAACUUGAGCUACAGUAUCACUGUUCCUCCAUGACACAUUUUUACCCAAACUGGGUAUUAUACAGUACCUGUUAUCAUCAAUCUGUGAUUAGAGAUAUUUGAUCUGUUUUAAGAUCAGACUUUAUGUGUGAAAACUUUUUGUGUGAAAAUGUGGCUCACAUGA